AUGGGAAUACCAUUGGAACGAUUUCUGGGUCAUGUUGACGAUAGCUUUCUUUGUAGUAUCUGUCAGGGUGUGUUUAUUUCUCCCGUGGUAACUGACUGUGGUCAUACGUUUUGUGCGAAGUGUUUAGAGGGUUGGAUAUCAGCUAGUUGCCCAAUGCCGGAAUCUUCAUGUCCGGAGAAUAAUUACUGCCAACGUCUAAGUCUACGGUGUCCAACUUGUCGGCAUAAGCUUCCGCAGAUCGGAGACAAGGAAUACGACGAAAAAUCGAUAAUAAAUGUCGUUUCCAGACCCGUCCUGGCGCUACGAAAUUUCAUUAAUGGUCUUCUAACUCAUUGUGAACAUUCCUCACGAGGGUGCACAUUCGUGGGUCCGGUUGAAGUAAUGCACUCUGGUCAACACCACGUAAAUUGUGCCUAUGCUCCAGUAGACUGUGCAGGCUGUGGACAUACUGUCAAUCAGAUGGAACUGGCCGAACACCAGCUACAUUGUUUUGGGAUAAAAGCGGAGCUGUCUGAUUUGAGAGAUGAUGACUUCCCUUCUAACUUACAAGGAAAAACUCAUGUAACAACACAAACGGAGGAACGUGAUACUCCUUCAGCGUGUUCGAAAAAUCCAACGCCACUAUCAAAGGGCACGCAGACAUCAAGAAAUCGAGCUCGUUCCCACAGUCCAUCCAAAUCCUACAAAGUGGAAGAUGACAGUGAAAACAUUAGCCUAUAUAUGCUGAGACUCAGUUUGAUCAAACUUGUCUGUGCACUUGAGAUUGAACUGAACACUGCUCAAGCAGAAUUGCAUCUGAAGAAGGUUUUGAGAAGUACAACUCAAGAUCGGGGGUUAUAA